CAAUCUUGCUCUACAGGGUGUGUCGUUGCUGCCGACGUAUCUACGUGAAACUUCUGCACACCGUGUUCCAUGCCCUGGCCAUUCCUUGCGUAGUCGUGGGCUUCUUGGCUGUCCUGGACUCCCAUAACCUGGCCACGCCACCAUUACCGAACUUCUACAGUCUGCACAGUUGGCUUGGAUGCGUAACCAUGGGUCUAUUCGGCAUUCAAUUCCUGGUGGGUUUCUUCAGUUUCUUACUGCUAUUGUGUUGCGAUGCUGCCACCCAGUCGUUCCGCGAAGCCAUGGUCCCAAUUCACGCGUCCUUCGGCCUGGUCACAUUCGUGCUGGCAGUCGCCACCUGUCUCACCGGGCUCACCGAGAAAGCUAUCUACACUCUUGGAUCCGAGUACUCGAGUUGGCCUGAGGAGGGCAUCGUGAUGAACGCCCUGGGAUUGACGCUGAUCGCCCUGGCCAUCCUGAUAUCGUUCGCCGUCCGACGAACACACGCGCGUAACGACAGCAAGAUAUAUGUCACCGAGCGGCGCAAUCAGAAUCCAAAGGAUGGCACUGCUUCAUGCCCAUCUGAUAUAUAUUAUUCAAUGCAUAAGGUGAGAGGGAAUAAAAUUUCAAAAUGCUAAACUAUUGAUUGAGACUUUUGUUUGUAAAUUGAAUGUAAUCAAUCAUCUAGUUAUGGCAUGGGUAAUAUGAUCAUAUGAGGUAUGAAGUAUUACCAACAAACUAGUGAAAUCAAUGUUUCUCAGUAAUACUCAGAUUUCAUAUAUUUCUAUAAGUUAAUACCAAUACAAUUCAAAAGAUACGCUAUUUAGAAUUUGCAUUUUCUGUGCUUGGGAUUGUAAUAUCAUCCCUAUAUAUUGAGGGUCCAAGGGCAACAGAAACACUGUCCAAAUUUAGUAUGAUAGCGAAGUGAUAUUCUCCUCUAACAGUGAAUCAUGGCACUGCUCAACUAUUUAUUUUGUUAGUGAGAAUAUAUUGUUUUGCAAUAUUCGAUAAUGCAAUUUAUGCAUAAACAAGAGGAUCAACAUAAAAUGUAGAUUAGCUCAUAAAUAGUGAUUUAUAAAAUUUGCCAAUGAUAAAAAUCGUGAAUGCGAAAAAAGCUAAACAAUAUAUUGAACAUUUUUUGAAUUGUGGUGGUAAUCUUUUACUAAGUUGUCUAUUCUAUUUGGAGAUAACAUUGAUAUUUUAAAAUGUGAGGAAACAUUGUAUAGCGCAAAUAGCAAAAUAAUGCAAUUAUUUUCAUAUACUUUUUGUUGUGUUAAAUAUAUGUGAUUUCAUGUUUAAACAUUAAUAUAUUGGUGCGAACACAUAUGCCCUUAAAGCCUCGAUAAGUUGAACACCUAUAUUGAUGAUAUUGAUAUAAUGAAAAUGCUGUUGCAUAUAUUACAGUGUUGUAAAGCAAUUUGUCAAUAGAUUAUAUUUCAUAUGAA